GGGUCCAGUGGUGCUGAUGCUGUGACAAUGGGAGUCCUCCAGAAGAGAAGCGGCAUCCGGACCGAGCGACAUUAAACACGGCGAGCUGCACCGGGCCGGGAGACGGUAGAAACACCGGGAGGAAGCUGCAGCUGCUGCCGGGAAAGGUCCAGAGAUGGGAGCGUUCAGCCGGCAGAAGUUCUUCCAGGAGCUGUGGGGGGGCUGCCUGCUGCCCACCGCCCAGCAGGGCCUGGAGCAGGUGUGGCAGCUGCUGCUCAUCUGCCUGCUCUGCCGCCUGCUCUGGAUGCUGGGCCUCCCGUCCUUCCUGAAGCACCUGGUUACGGUUGCCGGGGGUUUCUACACCCUCUACCUGUUCUUCGAGCUGCACAUGAUCUGGGUGGUGCUGCUCAGCCUGCUCUGCUACCUCUUCCUCUUCCUCUGCAGACACUCCACCAUGAGAGGCACCUUCCUCUCCAUCACCGUGCUCAUCUACCUGCUGCUGGGAGAGCUUCACAUGAUGGACACCACCAACUGGCACAAGAUGAGAGGUUCUCAGAUGGUGGUGGCGAUGAAGGCGAUCUCUCUGGCCUUCGAUCUGGACCGAGGAGUGGUCUCCAGCGUCCCCUCGCCCCUCGAGUUCAUGGGAUACAUUUACUUUGUGGGGACGGUCAUCUUCGGGCCCUGGAUCAGCUUCAACAGCUACAGAGAGGCUGUGGAGGGGCGGAGGCUGAGCUUCUCCUGGCUGAGUAAGGUGUGUGUGAGCUGGGUGAAGAGUCAGCUCUGCCUGGUGGUCUCUAACUGCGUGGCUCCGUACCUCUUCCCCUACUUCAUACCUCUCUACGGAGACAAGCUGCUGCGAGGCAAAAAGAGGAGGAAGAUCAGGUAACAACGAAGAGUCCACCUCAAGGACUCUGAUACAGAACUUGCCGUCUGCAUGCUUUCUAUUCUUUGAUGCAUGUUUUUUCUUUUGUUAAACACCUUUACCUGCGCGCAUAUACCCACACUCUGUUAUUUAUCAAAAUAUUUCACCAUGUUUAAAAAUGUGGUGAUACUCACGGAUGCAUGAUGUGAGUCAAAUAUGCAAUUACUUUGUUGAAUAUUUUGAUAACGAUAAUUGCAGUACAAAUACCAGAGACAGAUUAUAGU